GCCUCGAGUCCAGAAUGAGCUACUCUAGCUGCAUCGGUAGAGCGGUAUCUUUCCCGCCAUCUGGAAGGAAGACGGACUAUAAUUGACCGACAUUCGUGGAGGCGCCCCUUUUCAGGUUAAAAACCACACCAUUCCCUCAGUUCCAGCGAUUCUAAUGCGGGGAAGUGCGAGUACUCCAAAUAACGGGUAAAAAGGGCGCUUGUGCCCUGGAGAAGUCAUUAUUAUCAACUCAAUCAUUUCCCCCAAACACCGGACAGCCUUCCUCGCCUCAAUCAACAUGAACGAGCAGGAGAAAGUCGCCUUUGGUGGUGAACGCUCCCAAGAUGUUGAAAAUACGGCUUUGGGAACCGCUUACGACCAAGAAAUCGCUGAAGCAGAUCUCAAGGCUCUCAGGUCCCGUGAGAAGGCCCUAAUCUGGAAGCAAGAUUUGCGCAUAAUCCCUCUAUGUGCAGCGAUAUAUCUUCUCUGCUAUCUUGACCGAUCGAAUAUAGGGAACGCGAAAAUCCUCAAUGAAGACACCCAUGAUGAUCUCCUUUCAGACACCAACAUGACUUCGUAUGAGUAUACGAUUGCGCUCAUGGUGUUCUUGAUCGCCUAUGCACUUUUCGAAGUACCGUCAAAUUACUUAUUGAAGAAGUUAAAACCCAGUCGAUGGAUUGCAUUCUUGAUGUUUUCUUGGGGAGCGAUUACCAUGGGACUGGGGGGAGCACACAACUAUGGCCAAGUGACUGGAAUUCGCUUUUUGCUUGGUGUAAUGGAAGCUGGCCUCUUUCCUGGUUUUGUGUAUUAUCUAACCUUCUGGUAUCGAGUCUCAGAGCGUUCCAUGCGGGUGGCUUUGAUCCUAGCAUCAGCUACAUUGGCUGGUGCAUUUGGUGGUGCCAUUGCGUACGGGGUUGGACACAUGAACGGAGCCCAGGGAAUGUCUGCGUGGCGAUGGCUAUUUAUCAUUGAGGGUGCUCCAUCCUGUGCAUCUUCAAUCCUAGUCUGGUUCUUCCUCCCUGAUUAUCCCGAGUCAGCCAAUUGGCUCAGUCAGGAAGAGAAAGAACUUGCUGCACAACGACUACGAGCAGAAGGCUCGAAAGGCGCAGCCCAAGCAAUGUCCUGGAAAGAUGCAAAAGAGGUCCUGACAGAUUGGCGUUUAUAUGCGCAUUAUGUGGUCUACUUUGGAAUCUCAACACCAUUUUCCAGUCUAUCUCUCUUCACGCCUGCAAUCACCAGUGGCUUGGGAUAUUCGAAUUUACGUGCAGAAUUGAUGACAGUCCCACCCUAUGCAGUCGCCUACGUCGUCACUCUUGCUGUCGCUUGGUCAGCGGAUAAUUUCAAUAGCCGAGGUCUUCAUUCUGCCCUUUUUUCAUUAAUUGGGGCAAUAGGUUUCCUUGCCUCCGCAGUUCUUCCAGAUGACUCUUACAUUCAACGAUACGGCUGCCUAAUAGUCGCCGCCAGCGGCGCAUUCGCCUGUAUUCCCCCAUUACUCGGCUGGCUAUCCUCCAACCUCCACUCAACGGCAGGAACCGGCUUAGCCAUCGCACUGAACGUCUCCUUUGGCGCACCCGGCCAAAUCGUAGGUGUCUGGAUCUACAAAUCCAACGAAGCGAAGAAGGGAUACCCCACAGGACACUGGACGAAUGCGGCAUUGUUGUUAUUUGUGUGUGUUGGGUCUGUUUUGCUCCGGUUGUAUUAUGGGUGGAUGAAUAGCCGGAAGGUGGAAGCGGAAAAGAAGAAAUUUGCUUAUUAGUAGUUUUAAUUUUGUUGGAUUAUUGGCAUGACAUGAUGUGUAGGGAUAUUAGUAGAUAGCGAUCAUGAGUUCAAUAAUAAAAAGGAAUAACCUGAUUUAUCUCGCAGUCGCAGAUACUGUUACGCCAACGAUGAGACCGAAAACAUCAAAAAUACGCAUGUUCUGAGCCAGAACGGGCCUUGUUUUUGUCGGGCUGCGACGAAC